AUGUUCUAUUCGGACGCGCUCCUCGGAAAGAGCGGGCCUCUGGUCCGCGUAUGGCUUUCUGCCAACCUCGAGCGCAAGCUCUCCAAGACGCACAUCCUGCAGUCCAACCUGCCCGACAGUGUAGAAGCAAUUAUCACACCCGGCCAAGCGCCGAUGGCUCUCCGUCUAAGUGGUCAGCUGCUGCUUGGUGUUGUGAGAAUUUACAACCGAAAAGCCCGCUACCUGUUGGAGGACUGCAACGAAGCCUCUAUGAAGAUUAAAAUGGCUUUCCGCUCAAGCGACAACCAUGAUAUCCCCGCCGCUAACCUUUACGCCAACAAUCGCGAAGCAUUGCUACUGCCUGACAAAAUCACUCCACUCGAUAACCUUGAUCUUCCCCCGCCUCCUGAUGCCGCCUGGCUUUUGUCACAGAUGGACGACGUAACGGCUACCCCUGUGGGUCGUAAGGGUCGCGUCAGCAAUCGUGAUAUCAACCUGCAGGAAGACUUCAACAACAGCCAAUUCCUGAAUCAGGUAGACAAUCUUGAUGACGAGCUCGAGCUCGCUCCGAUGGAGGACCUGGAUUUGGAACUGGAUUUUGGCAUGGAUGUGGACGAACCCCGCGGCCGGAUGGAUACCACCAUUGAAAUGGGAAGAGAUGCACCCCUUGCUCGCUCAGUUGAGGACGACAUGUUCAGUGAGCUGGACAUCAUGCCUAGAGGAAAAGACCAACCCGAGCGCGAAGCCUCCUUGGGCUUGAACCUUGACUUUGGCGACGACAAUGUACGCAUCGCCGACGAGGAGGGAGACAUUCAAAUGGGCGACGACAACGAGUUCCAGUUCCCCAUUGCUGAUCAGUCCGUUGUUCCUGGAGCUCCUCUUGACAUGGGACGCGCUCGCAUUUCCGAGUCACCUCUUUCAGAGAUCGAUCCCGAGUUUGCAAGAGAAGUUGAGGAAGAGUACUCUCGUAUUCAGCACACCGAUCUCUACGAACCCGAUGAGGACCAGGAACACUCUGUUGUCCGGCAUCCGCAGCGCGCCAAGAAGAGGAAGGUUCUUCUUCCGGAUGAGCAGACGAUGCUUUCCAGCACUCACAUCAAGGAUCAACAAGCCAACCAUGCCAACAUUCUCAGGACCCAGUCUUUCUUGCCUAAGGACCCUUUUGUUCUUGCACUCAUGGAGAUGCAGAAGAGUGGUGGCUUCGUUUCCAACGUCAUGCUGGAGGGACGCAGUGCCAACUGGGCACCUGAGUUGCGAGGCAUGCUUUCCCUCGAGGCUAUUAGCCGAUCCAGCGAGUUGAAGAGAAAACGUGACAGUGGUAUUGCAGAUGUUGAGAGCGAUCAAGGUCUUUCAUCCAAGUCACCACGUUUGAAUGUUGAAGAGGAGGAUGCUUUUGCUGUCGACGAUGCUGGUCUGGGUAACCAAAGCGUUGCUGCCGAUGGCACCAUUCUUGAAAUUCCUGCUGAUGAGGAUGGUAUGGGCUUUGGAGGAGAUGAUGACACUGCCAGGCCCGUUUCGCGCGAAGCAAGCCCUAUGCCGAACUUUGACGACACAGUUGCCCCUGCUGUCCACCCUCAAGACAGUGGCCCAGUUUCACUCGGCACUAAGCAUGCCGUACACGUUCUGAGAGACAUCUUUGGCCCUGAUGCCGAGCAUGAUGCUGACAAGCGCAAGAAGAAUGCGGUUGUUUUCCAAGAUCUCCUCCCAGAGAAGAGAACGACAAAGGCGGAUGCGACGAAAAUGUUCUUCGAGUGCCUUGUCCUGGCAACAAAGGACGCCAUCAAGGUCGAACAAGGCGAGAACCUCGGUGCUCCUAUCAAGGUCCGCGCGAAGCGUGGGCUCUGGGGUGCGUGGGCCGAGCGGGAAGCUGGCGGCGAGAUUGCUGAGGAUGAAGAGGCCAACCAGCCAGAGCCGGCAGCUGUUAGUGCUCCAGCUGUGGCUGUAGAGGCAUGA